CCGCCUGCGCAUGUCAAGGCUAGCAACACAUUCGGUCAGGGGGCGGCCCGGGAGAGGGGCGGCUUGAUCAUCCAAUCAUCUAGCGUCGGGGCUGCGCAGGAUCCAGGGGCGCGCUCCGCGGAAGGGGUUCCCUCCCUCUACCUACCCUCCACCUCUGAGAUCACCGGCCCUACCGGAGCUCCCGCCUCUUUUCCAACCCCCUGAGGACGUCCCGGGAGCCCAGGCCCCUGUAUACAAGACUGAGGUGGAAAGAAUUCUGUAGCCUAGACGACGGCUGGAGUCGGGACACGCCCAGCUGGAGAAGCCUGCCCGGCUGAAGAAGACCUAGCUCCUGAGUCUCAGAGGAUCGAAAUAGGAGUGUCGCUGACCCUAAGGGAGGGUCGCUUUUUUAGGGCAAUUGAUCCCUGAGGGUUUCCUCGAAAGAAUCAGAGGACUCAGUCCUGGAGAGAGAUUUUCUGUUUGCCUCCAGAAACCAGGAAGAUGUCUGCUCUCAACAGAUUGCUUCCCCUAGCUUCUCUCCUGCUUAUCAACUGGGUCAGAGUCUGCUUCCCUGUGUGUGUGGAAGUACCCUCAGAGACGGAAGCCGUGCAGGGCAAUUCCAUGAAGCUGCGAUGCAUCUCCUGCAUGAAGAGGGAGGAGGUGGAGGCCAGCACUGUGGUGGAGUGGUUCUACAGGCCUGAGGGCGGUAAAGAUUUCCUUAUAUACAAGUAUCGAAAUGGCCACCAGGAAGUGGAGAGCCCCUUCCAAGGUCGCCUGCAAUGGAAUGGGAGCAAAGACCUGCAGGAUGUGUCUAUCACUGUGCUCAAUGUCACUCUGAAUGACUCUGGCCUCUACACGUGCAAUGUGUCCAGGGAGUUUGAAUUUGAGGCACACAGGCCUUUUGUGAAGACCACGAGACUAAUACCCCUGCGAGUCACUGAAGAGGAGGGAGAAGACUUCACCUCUGUGGUCUCAGAAAUCAUGAUGUAUAUUCUCCUGGUCUUCCUCACCUUGUGGCUGUUCAUUGAGAUGAUCUAUUGCUACAGAAAGGUCUCCAAGGCUGAAGAGGCCGCCCAGGAAAAUGCGUCUGACUACCUUGCUAUCCCUUCAGAGAACAAGGAGAACUCUGUGGUACCCGUGGAGGAAUAAUGUGGUGUGACUUGAGGUGAUCUGAGCACUGAGGGACUGGAUAGCCCCAGUUCAGUGAUGUCAGCAGCAUCAGGAACUGUCCAGGAGUCCCAACGUAUCCAUCUUUCUAUUCAUCAACCACCCACCCAAGAUUUUUACCUGACUUCCAAAUUCUGUUGGAACCCUACCCAUCUUGACCUUGCCUGAACUGAAGAGCCAACAUCUAUCUCUACAUGGGCUAAACCUCACUCUGUCUUUGCUCUCAACCAAGCGGCUCCCAAUACAAAUCGAGUUGUCCUGUAUACUCCAAAUGACUUUAGAUAAGUACUGGACAGUAGUGUCCCCUCUGCCCUCACCGUCUGCAAUUGGGUCAUUCUUCAC